CCCAUGUUGCAGUCAGUUAAGGUACCUCAAGCCAGCCAACGCUGGCUUUAAUUUAGCUGGAAGUAGCCAAGCAGAACCUAUCUGGAAAAAAAAAUCCCUGGGCUGCUGAGGACGUUCACCCAAGAAAACGUCAGCGGCUCAGCCUAGCACACCUACUGACCUGCUUCAUUUCCCUGCCUUCUCCUGGCCUGGCUCAGACAAAAUGGCUUACUACGGUCUGCAAAUAGCCGGACUGAUACUAGGCGGCGUCGGCAUGGUGGGGACGGUGGCCGUCACUGUCAUGCCCCAGUGGAGAGUUUCUGCUUUCAUUGGAAGCAACAUUGUGGUUUUUGAAAACCUCUGGGAAGGCCUGUGGAUGAGCUGCAUGAGGCACGCCAACAUCAGGAUGCAGUGCAAAAUCUAUGACUCUCUGCUGGCUCUCUCUCCGGACCUCCAAGCCUCCAGGGGACUGAUGUGUGCAGCUUCCGUGAUGGCGUUCCUGGCUUUCAUGACCGCCAUCCUGGGCAUGAAGUGUGUCAUCUGCACUGGGAACAACGAACAAGUCAAGGGCUAUAUUUUGCUGACAGCCGGAAUCAUCUUCAUCCUCACAGGCAUUGUGGUCCUGAUCCCCGUGUGCUGGGUCGCCCAUGCCAUCAUCAGAGACUUCUACAACCCAAUCGUGAAUUCGGCUCAGAAACGAGAACUAGGAGAAGCCCUCUAUAUAGGCUGGACCACGGCGCUGGUCCUCAUUGCUGGAGGGACAAUAUUCUGCUGUGUUUUUUGUUGCAGGGAGAAAGACAACAAUUACAGAUACUCGAUACCAUCCUAUCACACGACCCACAAAAGUUAUCACUCAGGGAGGAAAUCGCCAAGCGUCUACUCCAAGAGUCAGUACGUCUAAUGGCUCAUGAUUUUGUUUGGGUUGCUGGGAUGGACAAGAUUUUCUACUCCGAAGCUUAAAUAGAAUCAAAAGGAACGUUGAUUUAUCCUUCGUUGCUACUCAACGUUAAUCUUGCAAGCCAUGCAUUAUGCAGUCUUUGUUUGCCCAGUGGUGAUUUACUACAGUAAGUUAUUUUGAAGUAGGAGGCAGUGGACAUUCUCUUUAACUCUUUUAGGAAGUACAGUGGCUUGUUUUUUUAAAAGCUCAAAGUGUACAGCUAUUUCAGCUAUUAUUUGUUCAAAAUAAUAUUGUAUUUUGGUUCUGAUUUCAUUAUUUUAUGAGUGAAUAUAAAAUAGAGGGUAAGAUUGAAGUUCUGAACGAUGACAAUGUUCUAUGAGUAUGAGAGUCUUGCAAAUCUCAUGUAAGUAGGAAAAUUCUGUUAUUGUUCUAUUGAGAAUAAAAUAUUAAUUUUUCACUGU